AGGUCAGGAGCAGCCAAGUCCCUCCUCUCACAGGAAGAAACCUGCUCCAAACUUCCUGCAACUCUCCCGUACAACCUUCCUGCUCCUGAGAGCUCAACCACAAGCAUGACGACUCUCCUCCGCAGGCUGGCAGGGCCCAGGUGCUCACCGAGGCGGUGGCUGGGACUGAUUCUGCGGGAAACGCACGGCCGACCUUCCGCUCUGGUCCCCCGCGACGGAUCGCGACCGCUGGCCGGAGGCAGUCGCCUUCUGACGGCGCACAGUGGCGCACAGAGCCGCGGGCAGCACACGCAGGCGGCAGAUCCCGUGGAGGUGGAUUUGAAGCGGUUAGAAGGGGAAGACGAUGGGAUAGUGGAGGUGUUGAUGUGCCGACACAAAGCCAGAAACGCUCUGGGCCAUGUGUUUGUGUCACAGAUGAAGGAGCUGGUGUCCACUCUGUCCAGUGACUCAGCGGUGCAUGUAGUUAUCUUCAGGAGUUUAGUGCCAGGUGUUUUCUGUGCAGGUGCAGAUCUGAAGGAGAGGGCUCUGAUGAACAACGCUGAGUCUGAUCUGUUUGUUCACGGCCUGCGAUCCCUCAUGAGUCAGAUAGCAUCGUUGCCCAUGCCGACCAUUGCAGCGAUAGACGGCGUUGCUCUGGGAGGCGGGCUGGAGUUGGCCUUGGCCUGUGAUCUCCGCACUGCUGCCUGUUCUGCACAGAUGGGUCUGAUCGAGACGACACGAGGGCUGCUCCCAGGGGCGGGGGGCAGUCAGCGGCUGCCGCGGAUGGUCGGCAUCACUCUGGCCAAAGAGCUCAUCUUCACAGGUAAGCGUGUGGGAGGGCAGACAGCUCUGGAGAUGGGGCUCGUAAACAGAGCUGUAGAACAGAACCAGACAGGAGACGCUGCCCACAGAGAGGCACUCAGCCUGGCCAGAGAGAUACGGCCCCAGGCUCCGAUCGCUGUGCGGAUGGCGAAAGAGGCAAUGAACAGAGGCGUUGAGGUUGACAUGACAACAGCAAUGGCAAUAGAGAGGAUGUGUUAUGCUCGGGUCAUCCCCACACGGGACAGACAGGAGGGAAUGGCUGCCUUCAUAGAGAAGAGAGCCCCGCGGUACACUGGGGAAUAAACUCUUUUGAGCUAUUGAAUUUCUCUCUCUCUCACAGACGCACACUGCUCUCCAUAUCCUCAUGUCUGACAGACAAUUAACACCCAUUGAUUGUGUGUUUGCAUCCCAGCCAGUGUCGAUACAUUAGUGAAGGUCAGCGUGAGCGUGCUGCCGUGAUGACUGUUUGCUUUUGUGACAUUCAGGAUGAGACUUGCAGAGGAGAUUGUUAUUUUAACAAACAAAUGACAGUAAAAAAGUAUGUUUUUAUAUUCAUUCCAUACUUGUGAAUUUCUUCUCUGGAAUAAAAAAGGUGACACAAG